AUGUUUCAACCCAGGGGCAAAAUGCUGAACAUAUGGAUCAGUGCUGCCACGAGUAUGGGCUUUUUGCUCUUUGGGUACGACCAAGGUGUCAUGGGUGGAAUUAUUGAUUCCAGUUCAUUCGUCAAACAGUUCAACAACCCUUCGGCAUUGGAACAAGGUCUUAUUACUGGUCUCUACGAUAUCGGUUGUCUCAUCGGGUCCCUUCUCAUAGUCAUUAUUGGCGAGAGACUGGGAAGAAGAAAGUCUAUCUAUAUUGGCUGUGUAUUUGUUAUUGUUGGAACCAUUAUUCAGGCAACAGCCAGGGUCAUUCCGCAUCUAAUGGCGGGACGUGUUGUGACAGGAGUGGGUGUGGGAAUCAUGACUUCUAUUGUCCCCACGUGGCAAUCUGAGGUAUCCGACGCAGGAAACCGAGGUGUUUACCUUACUAUACAAAGCGCAAAUAUCAACACCGGCUUCUUCCUCUCCAACUGGAUCACUCUAGGGGCCUCCUAUGCCAAAUCAGAUCUACAGUGGAAAUUCCCUAUCUGCGUACAGCUAGUAUUCGCAACAUAUCUUCUUAUCAGUGUCCCGUUCCUGGUGGAAUCACCGCGAUGGGUAGCGAAUCACAAGUCGAUUGAAGAAGCCACGAGGAUUAUCGCUCGCCUGCAAGAUCGCGACGAACAAGAUGAAGAGGUUCUUCGAGUUCGGGAUGAGAUUUGCAAAGCCAUAGAAGAAGAAGAGGAGACCUCGUGGAUGGAUAUUUUCAAGAACGGGGGUCAGCAGAACUUCCGUCGAAUGCUUCUAGGAUUUGGAGUGCUGUACAUGCAGCAAUUGACUGGUAUCAACUCCAUCGCCUACUAUCUGCCUAUAGUGCUCGUUGAGUAUCUUCGAGUCAACGAGACAAUGGCACAUGUCAUCGCUGCUGUGGCUUCUACCCAGUAUCUGAUCUUCUCAUUUAUGCCAACUUUGUUCAUCGAAAAAAUUGGUAGACGCACCAUCCUGAUAUGGGGCGCAGUGGCUAUGAUGAUUCUAUCAGUUUUGAUUGCCGUCGGCUUCAAUAUUCCUGGUCAAGGCGGUGCUAUCAUGACCGUCGUCAUGUACUGUCUUUUCUAUGAUGCCUUUGGGAUGAGCUAUCUAAAUGUCCCUUGGAUGUAUGCGCCUGAAAUCAAUUCUUUGAAAAUGCGCUCAAAGGGCGCUGCUAUCGCGUCUGCAUCAAAUUGGCUAUUUAACGGCAUUGUUGUGACUAUAACCCCUUCUAGUCUUGCUGCUAUUGGGGCUGUCUUCAAUGCAUCGUUCAUACCGAUCGUUUAUUUCUUCUACCCAGAAACUAAAGGUUUGUCUCUUGAGCAAAUUGAUCAUAUCUUCGAAGGUCAAGGAGAGGGAUGGAGUUCCUUUACGCAGGGCGUCCGGGAGAGCGCCCAAGGGGCAAUGGCUAUCGAAGCCAAGCGAUCCGGUCAUCUUGAAUACAACUCCUCCGACACAGUCGGCGACAAAGAUGUCCUGACGGCUGUUGCCUUCGAGCAUCCUGGCCUGAAAUAA